GUUUGGAGCUUUUAGCUGCCAGCCCUGGCCCAUCAUGUAGCUGCAGCACAGCCUUCCCUAACGUUGCAACUGGGGGAAAAAUCACUUUCCAGUCUGUUUUGCAAGGUGUGCAUUUCUAUCUUGAUUCUCUGAAAGUCUAUCUGCUGCAUCGGUCAAGAGAAACUCCACUUGCAUGAAGAUUGCACGCCUGCAGCUUGCAUCUUUGUUGCAAAACUAGCUACAGAAGAGAAGCAAGGCAAAGUCUUUUGUGCUCCCCUCCCCCAUCAAAGGAAAGGGGAAAAUGUCUCAGUCGAAAGAAUUGUGUCAAUAGAAGUCAGAAUGAAUGAAGUAGAAAAUGAUAGAAGUGAAAGGCAAGAAGCGAAACCCUGGCCUCAAAAUUCCCAAAGAAGCAUUUGAACAGCCCCAGACCAGUUCCACGCCUCCUCGAGAUUUAGACUCCAAAGCUUGCAUUUCUAUCGGAAACCAGAACUUUGAGGUGAAGGCAGAUGACCUGGAGCCUAUCAUGGAGCUGGGCCGAGGUGCGUACGGAGUGGUGGAGAAGAUGAGACAUGUGCCCAGCGGGCAGAUCAUGGCAGUGAAGCGGAUCCGGGCCACCGUGAACAGCCAGGAGCAGAAAAGGCUACUGAUGGACCUGGAUGUCUCCAUGAGGACGGUGGACUGUCCCUUUACGGUCACCUUUUACGGCGCGCUCUUCCGGGAGGGUGAUGUUUGGAUCUGCAUGGAGCUCAUGGAUACGUCACUAGAUAAAUUCUACAAACAAGUGAUUGAUAAAGGCCAAACCAUUCCAGAGGACAUCUUAGGGAAAAUAGCAGUUUCUAUUGUUAAAGCUUUAGAGCAUUUACACAGUAAGCUCUCUGUCAUCCAUCGAGACGUCAAGCCUUCCAACGUGCUCAUCAAUGCUCUGGGCCAAGUGAAGAUGUGCGACUUUGGCAUCAGUGGCUACCUUGUGGACUCGGUGGCUAAAACUAUCGAUGCUGGAUGCAAACCGUACAUGGCUCCGGAAAGGAUAAACCCGGAGCUCAACCAGAAGGGCUACAGUGUGAAGUCUGACAUUUGGAGCCUGGGCAUCACCAUGAUUGAGUUGGCCAUCCUUCGGUUUCCCUACGAUUCAUGGGGAACUCCUUUCCAGCAGCUCAAACAGGUGGUGGAGGAGCCGUCACCACAGCUGCCCGCAGACAAGUUCUCCGAAGAGUUUGUCGACUUUACCUCGCAGUGCUUGAAGAAGAAUUCCAAAGAACGGCCAACAUAUCCAGAGCUUAUGCAACAUCCGUUUUUCACUCUACAUGAAUCCAAAGCAACAGACGUGGCAUCUUUUGUAAAAUUGAUUAUUGGAGACUAAAACGAUGGACUCAAUCGGUUGACCCUCCUGUGGAUUGGUGGGUUUACGGGGUGAAGCAAGGUCACUAAAGCGCCAACAGAAACUCAUCCUUGAGAUAAUUUAACCCUGCCUCUCAGAAGGCUUUUUUUCUCCCAAUUUUCUUUUUCUCCCCCCUCCAAAGGGGCCUUGGAAUCUAUAGUAUAGAUUGAACUGUCUAGAUGGAUGAAAUAUGAUAAAAGCUUAGGACUUAAAAAGGUGAUUAAAUAUUUAAUGAUGUGUCAUAUGAGUCCUUAAGCUUCGCAGACUUUUCUUGUUCUUUAUAAAAUGAGUGCUUUGGCCCUGGUCAAAAAGGUGCUACAGUAGUGAUGAAAUUGUAAGUAGACCUGUAGUCUGUCCCACUUAUUAUUUUAAUAUUUAUGUUUAAGCGCUUGGUUGGAAAGAUUCCAUUUUAUGCCAGGAGGAAGACACAGAAGACAAGGCUGGGUCGUCAAUAUUUAUAGGGCUUUUAUGUUUUAAGUUCAACUGUGUCUGUGGUCCAGAAGAAAUUAUUUAAUAUGCAUCUUUAAGAGUAUUAUAAAAGUAUCAACAAGCA